AUGGAAGAGAGUAAUGUAUGGAUGGAGGAGAAUAAUGUAUGGCUGGAGGAGAGUAAUGUAUGGCUGGAGGAGAGUAAUGUAUGGCUGGAGGAGAGUAAUGUAUGGAUAGAAGAGAGUAAUGUAUGGAUAGAGGAGAGUAAUGUCUGGCUGGAGAAGAGUAAUGUAUGGAUAGAAGAGAGUAAUGUAUGGAUAGAGGAGAGUAAUGUCUGGCUGGAGGAGAGUAAUGUAUGGAUAGAAGAGAGUAAUGUAUGGAUAGAGGAGAGUAAUGUCUGGCUGGAGAAGAGUAAUGUAUGGAUAGAAGAGAGAAAUGUAUGGAUAGAGGAGAGUAAUGUCUGGCUGGAGGAGAGUAAUGUAUGGAUAGAAGAGAGUAAUGUAUGGAUAGAGGAGAGUAAUGUCUGGCUGGAGAAGAGUAAUGUAUGGAUAGAAGAGAGAAAUGUAUGGAUAGAGGAGAGUAAUGUCUGGCUGGAGAAGAGUAAUGUAUGGAUAGAAGAGAGUAAUGUAUGGAUAGAGGAGAGUAAUGUCUGGCUGGAGGAGAGUAAUGUAUGGAUAGAAGAGAGUAAUGUAUGGAUAGAGGAGAGUAAUGUCUGGCUGGAGAAGAGUAAUGUAUGGAUAGAAGAGAGAAAUGUAUGGAUAGAGGAGAGUAAUGUCUGA